GGAGCAUGACGCAUCGCGUGAGAAGGGUUUGGACCCACUGGAGCUCUGCCACAAACAGCCAGCCGGCCGGGGGAUUAGUUGGUCAUAAUUUUUUGGAUUUUUGAUGAAGUAUCCUAUUCUUUUCAUUGUCUUCUCCAGAGGCUCCACUGUCGUCCUCCUAACAGAACAAGAACAGAACCAGCUUUCUUUGCCACGUUAUUGAGCCUUUCCAGGUCUCUGGUUCUGAUGCUGCUGCCCCAACAGAUGAAGGCAGAAGAGAUGAAACUCUCAACAACAUACUUAUACAAGGUCUGCAGCAUCUUGCUGCAAACCUUGAAGGAUCUUAUUUCCUCAAGAAGUCCAGUCUGCUCUAUAGACACAGAAUAGAAAUGUGAAUAGAAACUUCCAGAGAUCUCCUGUCAGCUAAAUCACAGUGUGGAAUUUUUCAUUUUACUAUUUUAAUUUUAUGUAAGACCCAAAGUAGAAUGAUAUGUUUAUAUCAGUCACACCUUAGAAAUGUUUUCCACUGCUUACUCCGGUGACGCGCCGUUCGCAAACCACGCAUACCCGGCGCACCAUCAGCCUCUCCGGCUAAAACAUGGUGCGUACCCUCUGACUGAACCCGGAGACAGUUACAGAUACUCCACGAUUAGAAUCAGAAUAAAUAACGUAGUGAAUAAAAAAAAAAGUAAUAUAGUUGAUUAAUGUACGUUCUUUUUAAAAAUAUAUUUUACAUUUCACCUUUCACCCCACAUCCCACGUGAAAACAAAAUGGCCGCGUACGUGUUGAACAUAUCCAGGAUAUUUUCUCGUGAUUUGUUUUCAGCGUCAUUCCAGUUUCAUCGAUAUCGGUCCUGCUUGCAGAGGUUGCCUGUGGUGAAGCCGCCCCCCGUCUUUGCACUCUUCACACGGCAGUUCGGGAGUUCAGCAGCAUGUUGGCAGGAGGCUGAGAUCCAGGCGGCACAGACUGCGGAUCGGUACAAACAAAGACCCUGGGAUUACCUGGACAGCGAAGAGUAUGUUGAGCGGUACGGCAGCAGUGCGGUGUGGACAGGCUACAGGAGGAACCAUAAGGGAGGCAUCCCGCCCCAGAAGACACGCAAGACUUGCAUUAGAGGAGACAAGAUAUGUGGGAACCCCUGUCCAAUUUGUAGAGAUCCAAACAUUAUCGUCCACCGUCAAAAUGUGAAAUUACUCCAGCAGUUUAUCAGCCCACACACUGGAAUGAUGUAUGAUCCCACUCUGACUGGAGUGUGUAUGAAACAACAGAAAAAGCUGAAUGAAGCCAUCAACAAAGCAAGAGAUGAUGGUUUACUUCCUUUUCAGAUUCCACAUGUGAAUUUUUCAGGAGAGGAUUACUCCAACACUCAUGAUGCUGUUGGGCUCACAUCACCUACACCUUUCCUCAGUCCUAGUGAACCCUGGUAUAAAUGGUACGGAGAAAUAUUGCCUGAUGAUAAGAAAGUGGAUCAAGUGAAGAAGAUAUACAAGGCUUAUUUAAAACACUAGAGUUGUGAAAAAUGCUUAAAAUCUACCAUAGUCUUCAACAUGCCUGAACAUUCUACUGAAGUUCACAACUUUAAAUAAAUAAAAUGACUAAAAUGCAA